GGGUGCGAAGGUUUUUAUUGACCCGACUCUUGAUGUUUACACCAGUAUUAUAACCACAAUGACGGUUUUUUUUUCUCAUUUAAGAACAAGCCACGUUUACACAAACUUCAGGUGCUGAUAUGGAGUGUAAAUGCUGCAAAAUGUGAAUGAUUACCUCAGAGGACAGUGACUUACAGUUAGUUAGAGCUCACCUGGAUUGACCUGGCUCCUGCCCCCUCCCCUGUAGUUAUUAAAGAUGUCAGGUGGGAAUCUCUUCAGCAAAGUUUGGUCCACCUUCAGGAGGGAGCCCAGUGAUUGGGACCUGAGUGACACUGCACAGUUUGACUUCUCCGAGGAGCUGGUGGACGAUGAGGCGCCCAAAUUUAACAAGCUGAAGGUGGUGGUGUCAGGGGAGAUGUCAGACUACUCUGCCGGGGCUCCGUCCAACGGGGUGGCCGUGAACACGCUGGUGGUGGGGGCAGAUGAUGAUGACUCGCUGCUCGACUCUGCGUCCAGUCUGGGCAGCCCGGGGUUAAACAUGGACCCUUGUGACAACUGCAACAAGAAGAGGGAGAAGAUCAAGCAGACGAGGGUGAUGAAGAGACUUGGCAUCGCUGCCGUGCUGUAUACUCUGUUCAUGAUAGGUGAAGUUAUAGGUGGUUACAUGGCAAACAGCUUAGCCAUUAUGACUGAUGCUGUGCACAUGUUAGCUGAUGUGGUGGGCAUUUUGUUUUCUCUGCUGGCCCUCUGGCUCUCUACAAAGCCACCCACCAAGAGAUUCACCUUUGGGCUGCAUCGCCUCGAGGUGGUAUCGGCAGUCCUCAGUGUGAUGCUCAUCUACAUUCUGACGGCGGUCCUGCUCUUUGAGGCCGUUCAGAGGACAGUACACCAAGACUUCAGCAUAGAUGGUGACGUGAUGCUCAUCACUGCAGCUGUGGGUGUGGCUGUCAACCUUGUAAUGGGGUUCUUAUUAAACCAAGGUGGUCACCUCCACUCUCAUGGUGGCCAUGGUCACUCUCACGGCCCUGCGUCUGCCUCGGGUACACAUUCUUCUGGGUCUGGUCAGCAGCAGAAGUCGCACGGCAGCCUGGCUGUCAGAGCUGCCUUCAUCCACGCUUUAGGAGAUCUCCUCCAGAGUGUGGGGGUGCUCAUAGCUGCCUACAUUGUCCGCUUCAAGCCGGACUUUAAGUUGGCAGACCCCAUCUGUACCUACAUCUUCUCCAUUCUGGUUCUUUUCACCACAUUCCGCAUCAUACGAGACACUGUAGUCAUCGUGCUGGAGGGUGUUCCCAGACACUUGAACACUCAGCGAAUCCAAGAGGAUCUCCUGAAGCUGGAGGAUGUCCAAUCGGUCGAUGAGCUGAAUGUAUGGGCGCUGACCGCUGAUAAAACUGCAGCACUAGUGCAUCUCCAGCUCACGCCCUCUAGUGCUAACAACUGGGAGGACGUCCAGGCGAAGGCUCGCCACCUGCUGCUUCACACCUACGGUCUCACCAGGUGUACAGUUCAGGUCCAGACACACAGGCAGAGGCCAGUACGCAGUUGUGCAAACUGCCAGCAGCCAAGCGCCUAAAAAGACUCACGCUUACAUUGACCCUCACAGUGCAUUUCAUGGAGCCUCAAGGCAGAAUAUACAGAGAGCCUGGGUGUUGCACUGCUGUCACAGCUCAGUGCCAUAGCAGGAGUCGCAGUAUUCGGUAUGUAAGUGGAAAAAGACUGGUGCCAAAGGACAGUGAGAGGAACAACAGCAGAUGCACAUUUCUUAUUAAAGGAUCAUUGCAGCCUCUGGGGACUGUUUGCUCUUUUGCUUGCAAAGCUUUCAGAGUGGAGGUAGAAUGCUAAAUGUUCAGCUGAGAAGAAUGAAAAAAAAAAACUUGCUCUUAAUUCACCAUUAAAGCCUAUUCCAACAGGUAACUUUUUUUGUAUUUUACUAUUUGAUUUAUUACAAGUCACAACUGAUGUUUUGUCAUCAGAUGUACAUUUUGUUUUGUUACUAGGUGUAUGUAUACUGUCUACUAAGAUUUUUUUUCUUAUUUUACCGAGAAUAUUAGAAAAUUAAAAAGUACCUCAUUUCAAAUGAUAAAAACUGUGCUCCACACCACUGGCUUCUGUGAGGCAAAAACACUUUAUCUGUACGUCCCCUUAGAAAAACUUCCUUUCCUUUAGAAAUUUCCUUUCAAAAGUAGAUUCUCUUAAGAGAUAACACCAUAGAUACUCUAACUAGUCUUGAUUGGCUGAACUGACUUACACUCAAAAUAACAUUUUCGACACUGACAUUUUAAUCUAGCAUGUCUCGAAUUAAAUGUGACGACGAAGCAGCUGACAAUCAAAUUAUGACUGACUUUAAAUAAGAGUAAAUGUUACAGUGGUUGGAUCAACUUCAGCGUGGUUUCAGCCGUUCACUCCAUACUCCACUUUUUUCCCCUCAUAUCAAUAAAUGACAGUAUAAUUACCACAAGUGAAUCUUGUGGCAGUGUUUUGAAGGGGGAAUGUGUGAGUUGAAAUUUGCCAAUAAUGGUGUUCAUAGUGUUUUUUUUGUUAAGUGUUGAGGCUGCACAGGGUUUAAUUUAACCUUUCCAUGUCUCUGUUAUUAAUCAGCAACUUAAAUCAGGAACUGGAUCACUGCUUUUGUUUGUAAUAAAAAACUGUAUUUAAUC